CUUUCACUUGAGUCAUUUUAUAAUAAGGUAUCUUUACUUUUGGGUACUUUUUACACCACUGCCUAUACAGUGCUACUGAAGUAAACUGGUAGAAUGAUCAAUAAGUUGUCAACUGGCCAUCUCUCCUCUCAGAUCAUUCUGUUCUUGGGGAGUAUUGGUACCCAUCUCAUGUGUGUGUGUGUGUGUGAGAGAGAGAGAGUGAGUGAGUGAGUGAAAGGGUAGCCCAAUCAGAGAUGAUCUUUACCUUAGGGCCAAUGAUACCAUGAUGUCACUGACUUUGUCCAUUUAUAAAUACAGAGCUCAACAGCACAACUAGUCUGAGGAAGGCUCCCUCAGUCCUACCAAUCACACAGGUUUGUAUUUCAGAUUUCGGUGUACAGAUCUAUGAAUGACUUGUUAGAACUGUCACCUCUGAUUUCUUUUUUUACAGAUUUUGAAUAAUAUUAAUCAGAUAAACAUUUAUGUUUUAGUUUCUUGUAAUAAUAAUGUUCUAAUAGGUUCUCCUCUCAAUCUCUUCUCUCUUUUCAAAGGCACUCAGUAUGGCAGUAACCAAUGAAACCUUUCAGGACACGUCUUUUAUAUAUGAAGAGAUGAUCAUAUUUGAGAUGAAUGAGAGGACUAUGGUUAAAGUGGCAGUGGCAAUCCUGAUGGCUGUAUUUUUUAUCUACAUAAAUUGCGUGAUGAUUUUUGCUAUGAGUAGCAGAAUGACUUUUAUGGAAAUUCCCCGCUACAUUCUCUUCACACAUUUGCUAUUAAAUGACUCCAUGCAGUUGCUGGUCAGCUGCCUUAUGUAUGCGUUUGCCUUGGUUUAUCUACGAUUGGUAAAGGUUGUCUGUGGACUGRUUGUCAUGUUUGGCAGUGGCAUGUCCCGUGUUGCCCCACUUAACUUGGCGUUGAUGUCUCUAGAACGCUAUGCAGCCAUCUGCCUCCCUCUACGGCAUAGUGACAUAGCCACACCCAAAAGAUCUGGCAUUGCCAUUGCUGUCAUCUGGCUUGUCAUAUUCAUAAAUCUUAUAAUUGAUAUGCUUUAUUCUACAGCAAAAGAUCCCGGCUUUUUUGUUACCCCGAUAUUUUGCACACGACAGAAGUUAUUCAUUGCAUUGUGGCAGAUGCAAGUGUUUCAGGGGUUCAAUGCUUUUUGCUUUGUAGCUGUGUCUCUCAUCAUCAUUUACACAUACAUUGCCAUAAUUGUCACAGCCAGGUCUGCCUCCUUUUCUGACAAAACUAAAGCCAGUAAGGCCCACAAGACAGUGCUGCUGCACCUGGUUCAGCUGGGUCUUUCUCUCUCCUCUUUUCUGUACGCACCCAUAGAAAGUGCACUGGCCAGUGUAAGCAGUACUACCAUCUUUAUUGACCUGCGAUACUUCAACUUCCUCUUCCUUAUCAUCCUGCCAAGAUGUCUGAGCCCACUCAUCUACGGGCUGAGGGAUGACGCCGUACGACCCCUGUUCCUACACUACUUAACUUGCAGAACUAGAAAGGUCAAGGCUGCUGUGAUGGUACAAUAGAAAACUUGGCACUAUUUUUCUUCAUGUUCCUUCAAGCCAGAUAACUGACCGGGCAGGUUAAGACAAUUGGGAGCCCAUCGUCA